AGACACAUUCAGGGGACACCUUAGACUUAUAUUACAUCUUGUGAAAAAGCAUUCUAGGGCACCUUUAAACUUAAGCUGAAUUUCUGCACCAUCUAGUGGUUUAAAAGAGAAUAGUCAAAAGUCAAAUAUGCUUUUUACCCGGUGCACCUUUAGCCCUGUUGUACACUAAUGUAAAAUAAACAUUUUGAUUUGUUGUGUGUAAAGAAGCAGCAAGUUUUUUUAAUUAACAAAAUAUGUUUUCUCAUAACAGAAAAUAAUCAAUAUGUCCACUCAAGGCAAGUUGCGGAGGAAUAGCAUACGGCAUCCUCCUGAUGUGUCAGAUGUAGAUAUUAUGCUGUUGGGCUCGACUGGAGCAGGAAAGAGUGCGUCUGGAAACACCAUCAUAGGUGGAGUUAAACCAUUUAAAGAAGAUUUUUCUCCUGAGGCUGUGACCAAGUUCUGUGAAUCAGCACAAACAGAGGUGGAUGGACAAACAAUCACAGUGAUCGACACUGUAGGACUCUCUGAUACAUCAGUGAAGAUCACAGAUGCUCAAACUGAAAUAGAGAGGAUGUUACGGAGUACAAAUCUUGAUGUGUUUCUGCUGGUGAUCAAACUGGGUGACACAUUCACAAAGGCCAAAAGAGAAGCUGUGAAAUGGAUCCAGGAGAAUUUUGGAGCAAAGGUCUUAAAACACACAAUAGUGCUCUUUACUCAUGGAGAUCUGUUACAUGGACCAAUAGAAGAUUAUCUGAGUAAAUGUGAAGCACUGCGGUCAGUAGUUGAUCAGUGUUCAGGAGGUUUUCAUGUUUUUAACAACAAAAUUGAAGAGCGAUCUCAAGUCUCUGAGCUUCUGGAAAAGAUUGAGUCACUGAGGAAGAAGAAUCAAUACAGGAGAUACACUGAGCAGGACUAUAAGGAGACUCAGGAUGAACUACUACACAGAAAAGGUGUGACUGGAGUAGGAGGAGGAUUACAGCAGUAGCAGUAGCAGCAAUACUAGCAGUAGUAGUGUUAUCAGGAGGAGCAGCAUCAGGAGUAGGACAAGCAGUACCAGUAGGAACAGCAAGGGCAUCUAUGUUACAAGCAUCUGCAUCAACUGCAGGAGUAUUAGAAAGAGCAGCAUCAGGAGUAUCAAGAAAAUUAGUAGAAGCAGCAGGAGCAGCAGUAGCUUCUAUGAUGGGAGCAGCCGCAUUAACUGCAGAGCAAGCAGCAAUAAUAGGAGCAGCAGUAGGUGUAGUUCUGGUAGCAGCACUUGGUGCUGGAGUGUGUUUAAUGAAUAGAAAAUAUAACUCUAAAGAGAAAGAAAGAAAAAAGUAAAAGAGAGAAAAAAAGUGUCUGCAAGCCAGUGUCGUUUUAGUUUUUAUUUUACUUUUAUUAUAGUUUGAUUUUAGUUCUAUUUGUAGUUUUUACUUGGGAGAUUUGUUUUAAGAAUUUAGAUGUGCAAUUUGUUUCCUGUUUUGUCCCUUUUUUAUGAAUUUAUUAAAAUUUGGCAUAUGGGCCCCAGAAAGACAUGAAUGACACUGCUUAUAAUCAGACUGUCAGCUCGUGAUGCACAAAUAUGAGCCAUAAUACACACCAUUUCACACCAAGUAAACAAACCUGUUCUUAAUAGAUAGAUUCAUAUGUUAAUCACCAAAGAAAUCAGAUUUUGUUUGCAAAUUUAGCUUCAUUUAACCAUAUUUAAAAAGAAGCCUUAUUUACCCGUGGCCAGCAGAGGGCGCUGUGUCAUGCAGCGAGUGUGUGUGUGUGUCAGGGAUGAAGAAGGCAUGUGACAGUUUGAAGUUGUUUAUGAGAAUUAACAGAGGUUUACCUCUAACUAACGUUGAUUUUUUUUUUUUUUUAUGGAAAUUGUUUGAAGUCACCAUUAUAGUGAAAAGCGUUUGCUUUAGUUGAGCACUUGACUUGGAUUUUCUUAAAUGACUUUUUUACACUAAUUGCAACAGUGUUUCAUUAAGAACACUUGUGCUUUAAUGAAAUAGACAGCUGAAGUUUCUGCUUUUAUGACAUUGAUUAAAGUAUUAGUUCACUUUCAUAUAAAAU